UGGUUAUUGAGGAAUUAAUAUACACAAACGUCCAAUCCAUCACACCUUCAUCCAAAGUUAUUGUCCGGUCCACACCAUCACCAUGGCAUUGUCGAUGUCCUCGGUGGAAUUAAUGCAUCAGCGUCAGAUGAUUCGAAGGUGCGGAUUGUCGAUCAAAGCCCAAGUAUUGCGCAUGGACUUAGUAAGAGGCACCCGAGGGAGCGGCGGCGGGAGCACCCGAGGCAGCGGGAGCACCACCAGCAGCUCCAGAAGGAGAGGGGCCGUUACCACCAGCGACGCCGGAAGGAGCAGCGCCGGAAGGAGAGGGGCCAUUGCCGCCAGCAAUGCCAGAGGGAGCAGCACCGUUACCACCGAAAGAGCCGGAAGGGGAGGGACCGUUGCCACCAGCGACGCCAGAGGGAGCAGCACCGCCGAAAGAGCCGGAAGGAGAGGGGCCGUUACCGCCAGCAACACCGGAGGGAGCAGCGCCACCGUUGCCACCGAAAGAGCUGGAGCCGGAGCCCUGCUCAGAGGGGGAGCCCUGCUCGAAAGAGCCCUGAGAUCCCUCGGAGUCAAAUCCCUGGGAGUCGGAUCCCUGAGACUGGGAGCGCUCAGACUGGGAGCCCUGAGACUGAGAGUCCUGGGACUGGCCCUGGGACUGGGAGUCCUGGCCGCCGAAGCCGCUCUGGCCCUGCUGGCCCUGCUGGCCACCGAAGGAGCCAGAAGGAGAAGGACCGUUGCCUCCAGCAACACCGGAGGGAGCGGCACCACCGAAAGAGCCGGAAGGAGAGGGGCCGUUACCACCAGCAACGCCGGAGGGAGCAGCACCGUUGCCGCCGAAAGAGCCAGACUGGCCGGCCUGGCCACCGAAGGAGCCAGAAGGAGAGGGGCCGUUGCCACCAGCGGCGCCAGAGGGAGCAGCACCACCGAAAGAGCCGGAAGGAGCAGCGCCGUUGCCGCCAGCAACACCGGAGGGAGCGACACCACCGAAGUCACCUCCAGCAGCAGCGGAACCGGUCGGGGCAGGGACGUUAGAGGCGGAAGCGGGGAUUUCGAGCUGGCGUCUCUUGUGGCCGCGAGGAGCUCCGGAAGGAGCGGGGGCAGCGGAGCCAGUGGGAGGAGGUUGAGGAGCAUCGCCCAGGCUCACGGUGGGAGCCUGGCCCUGUCCUCCGAAGCCUUGGCCCUGACCCUGAGGAGCACCCGAGGGAAGGGGAAGGGGGGAACCCGAGGGAGCAGCACCCUGGAAGGAGGGAGCUCCGCUGGCCUGAAUACCAUUGGGAGCAGAGUCUUGCUGGGCGCCCAUGGCCGGCAGGGCGGCAGCGUAACCGAUAAGACCAGCGAAAGCAAUUCCGGUGAACUUCAUCUUGAAAGGAUAGAGUGAUGGAUUUGUAGUAGUGAGUGAGAAAAAAAGAAGGCGAAAUGAAGGUACGAAGCACAGCUUCUUAAGGAAUGGUAGUUGAGAUCAAAGGAAAGAGAAUUUGAGCUGAAUGAAGGAUGAUUCUAGUUGGGAAAAGGGACGCUUUUAUACGGCACUCUCGAAGCGCUGAGCCGCUAAGACCCAGCGAUGACCACCUCCAUCCAUUGCUGCGAUGCGUGCGAGGAACCAAGCAUUCGUCAUGCACUGUUGUCACCGAGCUCGGCCCGCCUGAAUCUG